UGAAUUUUUAUGCUGUAUCAUGAAAGAUGAAAAGUGGAAAAAUUAAACAUUAUUUUUCGGAAAAAUAAUAAAGGUUGUGUGAUAAGUUGAAGUUUUGUGAAUUUUUCAUAGAUUAAUACUUUAUUCACGAUGGCUAGCACCAGUGGCUUAAAUAUCAAGAAAGCUCUGGACGAAUGGGACGACCCGGAACCUUCAAUAGGCGAAGAAGUGUUGAAGAUGUCGAACGAUGAAAUCAUCAGUAGGACUAGAUUACUCGAUAAUGAGGUGAAGAUCAUGAAAAGCGAAGUGAUGAGAAUAUCACACGAGCUUCAAGCUCAAAAUGAAAAAAUCAAAGAAAACACGGAGAAAAUUAAAGUCAACAAGACGUUGCCGUAUUUAGUUUCCAAUGUGAUCGAAUUGUUAGAUAUCGAUCCUCAAGAUACCGAAGAAGAUGGAGCUGUUGUCGAUUUAGAUGCUCAAAGGAAGGGAAAAUGCGCUGUUAUUAAAACAUCAACUAGACAAACUUACUUUCUUCCAGUCAUCGGGCUCGUAGAUCCGGAGAAAUUGAAGCCGGGCGAUUUAGUCGGUGUAAAUAAAGAUUCGUAUUUAGUUUUAGAAACACUUCCGGCCGAAUAUGAUGCUCGUGUUAAGGCCAUGGAAGUAGAUGAACGACCUACCGAACAAUAUUCUGAUAUUGGUGGUUUAGAUAAACAAAUUCAAGAGUUAAUCGAAGCGGUCGUAUUACCGAUGACUCACAAAGAGAAAUUCGUUAAUCUAGGUAUUCAUCCUCCAAAAGGAGUACUGUUGUACGGACCUCCUGGAACAGGAAAAACUUUACUAGCUCGAGCUUGCGCAGCGCAAACGAAAUCGACGUUUUUAAAACUAGCCGGUCCUCAAUUAGUACAAAUGUUUAUCGGUGACGGAGCCAAACUCGUCAGAGACGCAUUCGCUUUAGCCAAAGAGAAAUCUCCGGCCAUUAUAUUUAUCGAUGAAUUGGAUGCCAUCGGUACGAAAAGAUUCGAUUCGGAAAAGGCCGGCGACAGAGAAGUACAGAGAACUAUGUUAGAAUUACUGAAUCAAUUAGAUGGGUUCAGUUCGACUGCUAAUAUCAAAGUAAUCGCUGCCACGAAUCGUGUCGAUAUCUUGGAUCCUGCUUUGUUACGAUCCGGUCGUUUAGAUCGUAAAAUCGAAUUCCCUCACCCGAACGAAGAAGCCAGAGCUAGAAUUAUGCAAAUCCACUCGCGUAAAAUGAACGUAUCUCCCGAUGUGAAUUUCGAAGAAUUGGCCCGAUCAACCGAUGAUUUCAACGGAGCUCAGUGUAAAGCUGUGUGUGUCGAAGCUGGUAUGAUCGCGUUGAGAAGAGAGGCUGGCGUUGUAACUCACGAAGAUUUCAUGGACGCAAUUAUGGAAGUUCAAGCUAAGAAGAAAGCUAACUUGAAUUAUUACGCUUAAAGAACUUUUUUACCCGUUUUUUUUUUCAUCGUGUAUUGUUUUGAAUGUAAAUUUAGAAAUAGCGUCGCGUGGAUAAGUCUUAUUCAAUUUGUAACUUCGUUAAUUGAAAAACCUAUAAUGAAUUAUACAUCUUUUUUUUACAUCAUUUAAA